GUGACGUGUCAGCGCUGCAGGCCGAGGAAGUGGCCGUAAGGAAGGGGACACGUCUGUGCAGAAGAGCAACAGAACGACUGAAAUACGAUAAAGGAAGGAUUCCCAAAGGAGUACCGCAUGGUAUUUGCCAUUACUUAUUAGUUUUAAAAAACUAAACAGGAUUCACCUUUGUUGGAAUUUCGUCCGGAAUAGACGAUGCUGACCAAAUUUGAGACGAAAUCGGCCCGUGUGAAAGGACUCAGUUUCCACCCCAAGCGGCCCUGGAUCCUGACCAGUCUCCACAACGGGGUCAUUCAGCUGUGGGACUACCGCAUGUGUACCCUCAUCGACAAGUUCGAUGAGCAUGAUGGGCCAGUUAGAGGGAUCGACUUCCACAAGCAGCAGCCUUUGUUUGUGUCUGGUGGAGACGACUACAAGAUCAAGGUGUGGAACUACAAGUUGCGCCGAUGCCUUUUCACCCUGCUGGGUCACCUGGAUUAUAUCCGGACCACCUUCUUCCACCAUGAGUACCCAUGGAUUUUGAGCGCCUCUGAUGAUCAGACCAUCCGCAUCUGGAACUGGCAGUCCCGAACCUGUGUCUGUGUGCUGACGGGGCAUAACCACUAUGUGAUGUGCGCUCAGUUUCACCCCUCGGAAGACCUGGUGGUGUCAGCCAGCCUUGACCAGACUGUGCGCGUGUGGGAUAUCUCUGGCUUGAGGAAGAAGAACCUCUCGCCUGGUGCCAUGGAGACCGAAGUUCGUGGGAUCACUGGUGUUGACUUGUUUGGAGCCUCCGACGCUGUCGUCAAGCAUGUGCUGGAGGGUCAUGAUCGCGGGGUCAACUGGGCAGCCUUCCAUCCCAGCAUGCCUCUCAUUGUGUCUGGAGCUGAUGAUCGGCAGGUGAAAAUAUGGCGGAUGAACGAGUCCAAAGCCUGGGAGCUGGACACCUGCAGGGGACACUACAACAACGUGUCCUGCGCCGUUUUCCACCCUCGUCAGGAGCUCAUCCUCUCAAACUCAGAGGACAAGAGCAUCCGGGUGUGGGACAUGUCCAAGCGGACUGGGGUGCAGACCUUCCGCCGUGAUCAUGACCGUUUCUGGGUACUGGGGGCGCACCCUAACCUCAACCUCUUUGCCGCAGGCCACGACAGCGGUAUGCUGGUGUUCAAGCUGGAGCGCGAGCGCCCCGCCUACGCUGUGUACGGAAACAUGCUGUACUAUGUGAAAGACCGCUUCCUUCGCCAGCUUGAUUUCCACAGCAGCAAGGACACUGCAGUCAUGCAGCUGCGCAGUGGGUCUAAAUUCCCAGUGUUUAGCAUGUCCUACAACCCAGCUGAAAAUGCCGUCCUGCUCUGCACACGUGCCACCAACUUGGAGAACAGUACCUACGACUUGUACUCCAUCCCCAGGGAGAGUGACUCCCAGAACCCUGAUGCUCCUGAAGGAAAAAGAUCAUCUGGUCUCACUGCAGUAUGGGUGGCAAGGAACCGAUUUGCAGUGCUAGAUCGUAUGCACUCUUUGCUGAUCAAAAACCUGAAGAAUGAGAUCGUGAAGAAGGUUCAGGUACCCAACUGUGAAGAGAUCUUCUAUGCUGGGACGGGCUCGCUGCUGCUGCGGGAUGCCGAUGGAGUCACACUCUUUGACGUGCAGCAGAAGCGUUCACUCGCUACUGUCAAAAUUGCCAAGGUCAAGUACGUGGUGUGGUCAUCUGACACCAGCCACGUCGCCCUGCUGGCCAAGCACGCCAUCAUGAUCUGCAACAGGAAGUUGGAGAGUCUGUGCAACAUCCAUGAAAACAUUCGUGUGAAGAGUGGAGCGUGGGAUGAGAGUGGCGUUUUUAUCUACACCACCUCAAACCAUAUCAAAUACGCCCUGACCUCUGGUGAUCAUGGAAUCAUUCGCACCCUGGACCUGCCCAUCUACGUGACACGGGUUCGAGGGAACAGUGUUUACUGUCUGGAUCGGGAGUGUCGCCCACGUGUGCUGACCAUUGACCCCACUGAGUACCGCUUCAAACUGGCCCUGGUGAACCGCAAGUACGAGGAGGUGCUGCACAUGGUGCGCAACGCCAAGCUAGUUGGCCAGUCCAUCAUUGCCUACCUGCAGAAGAAAGGCUACCCAGAAGUGGCACUGCACUUCGUCAAAGAUGAGAAGACCCGUUUCAGCCUGGCGCUGGAGUGCGGCAACAUUGAGGUGGCUCUUGAGGCCGCCAAGGCGCUAGAUGAGCGCAGCUGCUGGGAGAGGCUGGGCGAAGCCGCUUUGCUCCAGGGACACCACCAGGUAGUGGAGAUGUGCUACCAAAGGACCAAGAACUUUGACAAGCUCACAUUCCUCUACCUCAUCACUGGCAACCUGGCCAAACUCCGCAAAAUGAUGAAGAUUGCGGAAAUCCGGAAAGACAUGAGUGGACAUUACCAGGGAGCUUUGUACCUCGGUGACGUCAGCGAGAGGGUGCGCAUCCUGAAGAACUGUGGUCAAAAGUCGCUGGCAUACCUGACUGCUGCCACUCACGGAAUGGAUGAAGAGGCCGAGGCCCUUAAGGAGACCUUUGACCCCGAGAAGGAGACUGUGCCGGAAAUUGACCCUGAUGCCCAACUGCUUCAGCCACCCCCUCCCAUAAACCCCCUGGACACAAACUGGCCCCUCCUCACUGUCUCCAAGGGCUUCUUUGAGGGUGCGAUCUCAGCCAAGGGGAAGGCAGGCCAGAUGGCAGCAGAUCUGGAUAUGGAAGCUCCAGGAGGAGAAGGCUGGGGAGAAGAUGCAGAGCUGCAGCUGGACGAAGACGGCUUCAUGGAUGCUCAGGAAGGAGUCGAAGACACAGGGCUAGGGAAGGAGGAUGGAGGUGGCUGGGAGGUUGAGGAAGAUCUUGACUUGCCUCCAGAGCUGGAGCUGCCAGCUGGGGCUGGAGGAGGGGCUGAAGAGGGAUUCUUUGUGCCCCCAACUAAGGGGAUGAGUCCCACUCAGAUGUGGUGCAACAAUUCUCAGCUUCCUGUGGACCACAUCUUGGCUGGGUCCUUUGAGACAGCCAUGAGGCUCCUCCAUGACCAGGUCGGGGUGGUUCACUUCAGCCCCUACAAGCCUUUGUUCCUGCAGACGUUCUCUCGUGGACGCACAUGCUACUCUGGGCUGCCUUCCCUGCCCUGCCUUCACGGGUUCCCCCAGAGGAACUGGAAGGAUGCAGGUGCCAAGCAGGGCCUUCCCGCUGUGGGGCUCCGUCUUUCUGACCUCAUCGCCCGUCUGCAGCAGUGCUAUCAGUUGACCACCGCGGGGCGUUUUGAGGAGGCUGUUGAGCGCUUCCGUGCCAUCCUGCUCUCCGUGCCUCUGCUGGUGGUGGACAACAAGCAGGAGAUAGCUGAGGCACAGCAGCUCAUCACAAUCUGUAAGGAGUACAUACUGGGCCUCACUAUGGAGAUAGAAAGGAAGAAACUGCCCAAAGACACACUGGAACAGCAGAAGCGGCUUUGUGAGAUGGCGGCAUACUUCACCCAUUGCAAUCUUCAGCCAGUGCACAUGGUUCUGGUCCUGCGCACAGCACUCAACCUCUUCUUCAAACUGCGCAAUUUCAAGACUGCGGCUGGCUUUGCCCGCAGGCUGUUGGAGUUGGGGCCCAAGCCAGAGGUUGCACAGCAGACAAGGAAGAUUCUGGCAGCAUGUGAAAAGACGCUGACAGACACCCACCAGCUGAACUACGAUCCGCACAACCCGUUUGACCUGUGCGCUGCCUCCUUCACCCCUCUGUAUCGGGGUCGCCCUGUUGAAAAGUGCCCCCUUUCUGGAGCAUGCUACUGUCCCACCUAUAAAGGGCAAAUUUGUCGGGUCACACAGGUGACAGAGAUUGGAAAGGAUGUGAUUGGUCUGCGUGUCAGCCCCCUGCAGUUCCGCUAAGGAGCACGAAGAUCACAAGGACAAGAAAGAACAGAGAACCAUUUAAGAAAUGGAGACUAGAUGUUUUCUUCUCUAAUAAAUAUUCUGUCCCAGCUUUUGCCUUUUCGUGUUGUCAAGGAUUUCACAUGUAAUUAUACUUUAACUUACUCAGAAUGCCUUGCAUCUUGUAUUUGGCUACAUAUUGGUGUAUGCUUAGCUGUGGACUGUUGGACAAAAUAACUUUUUUUUUUUUUGCAUAUUUCUCUAUGUGCAAAAUGUUAAGGUGUAGUACUAAAUUUGUUGCAUUAGAAACACACAUAAGAGCUCAAAUCUCUAAUAAAAGCUCAACUUCAUCAUG